GGUGUGCGUUCCAUCCGCGUUGUGCAUCGCCUCUCCUGUUCGCUUUGCUUGCUUGCUUGCGAGUCGCUCGCAAAACAUCACCCAUUCAUUCGCUAGUCGCCGUGUCUGCGGUCAAGUCCAAACGCCGUCGUCGCGUCGCGUAUACCUACUUUCGCCGUCUGUUGAUGUGUGAAGAUUUUUUUGCUGGAUUAGCAGUGAUUUUUUGGUGAAAAUUAUCGCUUCCAAUGCGUAAAUAGUGAAACGGAAUACUGUGCUCCUGGAAGUGGAUUAUACUGCGAAGUGUGAAAAUUGGGGCUCGAAGCAUGAAGCCGUCCGAACGUUUCCCUGACGGUAGUAGGUAAUGGAGGAAAAAUUGGCAACAUGGGAAAAAUAAAAAGUUUCCCUUUUGCUUCUUGAGACCCACGGUGCAAAGCUUUCUCAUUACUUUGUGUGCUUAGCCGGAGGUAAUUAAACUGGAGAAAAAAGUGGAUUAUCGUCUGCGGAGAAAAAAUACGAUUGUGUUGCUUUUGAAAUUGUGUUCUCAAGUGCUGCAAAAAAGUUGAGCAAAGAAAAAAAAACUGCGAAGAGGCGAGACGACAGCGAGGAAAACGCUUUUGGAUACCGAAUUUUGCGGCCAUCUUUCCAUCGUCGUCGCCGUCGUUGUUGUUGUUGUUGUUGCUGCUUUCUGCCCUGCUGCGUACGUGUGCAGAGAGCUGGCGAAGCCAGCAGAAGAAGAACCUUUUCGACGACGACGGAACAAGCGGAGAGUGUUGCUCCGUGAACGUGUGAAAGUGUGAGUGCGUCGCAUUCUGGCUUGGCGUCGUCGUGUGCGUGUAUUUUGGGGCUGGUGGAUCAAAAUUUUCGUGGAAAACCCAAAGUGGGUCGCUUGCUGCGGCCAGUGAAUCGCCCGACCGAAAGAAGUGAAAAAAGCAAACAAAAGGGGGCACGUCAGACCCUUGAAGGUUGUUCAAAGUGUUAAUCGAAAUAAAAAAAAAGCUGAAUCAUUUGCGCUGAUGCGUAACCGCUUCGAGAAGCAAAGCCAAAGUGAAUCAAAAAGUCGAUUUGGAUUAAAAGUGUAAAUCAAACAGCAGAAGAAGAAUGUCUUCGCAAACGACCACAGCACCGCCAACGGCGGCUGCUGCUUCUUCUGGUGCAGCUGCUGCUGCUGCGGCUUCGGCAACUGCGGCCGCUUCCGCUGCUGCCUCCGCCGCCGCCACCGGUACCAACAUGGAAACCGACGAUCUGGUGGAUCCGAUGAAUGAUUUUCUGCCGCUGCUGCCGGAGAACAUCAAGCAGGAGCUGUUCGAGGGCACUGCUGCGGCCGCUGCCGCCGCCGCUGCUGACAAGGGCACGGCCAAUCCGUGCGAUAGCGCUGAGAACAAGGGUGACGGCCUACCGGAAACCGCCUCCGCGGAUACACAGAUCCAGACUAAGUGCGUCUGGUGUCAGCAGAUCCUGGCCACCACCGAUCGCCCAAAACUGCUCGAAUGCCUGCACGUGGCGUGCGAUCCCUGCAUGAAGCAAAAAUUCUCCGACCUGCCGCACAACGCCCCGGUCCUAUACUGCCCGGUGUGCAAAAUGGAAUCCCGGAUGGAGUUCAUCAUCGACAAUGUGUUCCUCAGCGAAAGCACGGCCGACGACAACCCCGGCAGCGUCGAGUCCACCAAGGACAUGAUCAAGUGCAGUAGUUGCUCGGACGAUGCCAUCGCCACGUCAUGGUGCGUCGAGUGUGCGGAAUUUAUCUGUGAUAGCUGCGUGCAGGCCCAUCAGCGACUGAAAAUCACCAAGGAACACACGAUCAAACCGAAGGAGGCGGCCUGCAGCGAAACGCCCGGAAGCAGCGGUCUCUCCGGGAAGAGCAUCAUGUGUCACAUACACUCGCAGGAAAAACUAUCGCUCUACUGCGAGACGUGCGACCGGCUCACGUGUCGCGAUUGCCAACUGGUGGACCACCGGGAUCACAAGUACAAGUUCGCCAACGAGAUUGCCAGCGAAACGCGGAACGCCCUCCAAGGGUUGCUCAGCGAGAUCGGCUACAAGAAGGUGCUGCUGUCCAGUGCCAUGAAGGUGAUAGACGACCGGCAGGCGCUGAUAACCGAGAAGAAGAAGGAACUGUCCAAAGAGAUUGCCGAUCUGGUGGUGAAGCUGACCAACGCCGUGAAUCUGCGGGGCAAGCAGCUGGUCUACCGGUUGAAUCAGGUGUGCGACACAAAGCUACAGGUUCUGAACGAGAAGAAGGAAGCUCUCCAGCUAUUAUCCGGCCACACGGACCACUGCAUCGAGUUUGUACAGUGUGCCCUGGAAAAGGGCAGCGACAGCGCCGUGCUGUACAGUAAAAAGACCCUGGCGAGGCACUUGCAAAAGGUGAAAUGUCAGCGAGCCGAUAUCCCAAAUCCGGAGAUACCGGUUCGGGUGCAGUUGUUCCUAUCGAAUGUUCCUGAGCUUCAGAAUGUCAUCGCUCGGAUUGGUACAAUCCUGGUCGACGGAAAGGUUUACCCACCACCGCCGGGACCGGCCAGUGCAGCCGGUGUUCCACAAGUUCCUGGAGCAGUUCAAAACAGGUCCAAACAGCCCAGUCCUAACAUCACACCUCCUCUGCGACCGGGAAUGCCCGGUCCAGGAAUGACGUCGCUAUCUGCCAACAGUUCAAACGGCCCUGGAGGCUUCCCCAAUGUGCCACCCAUGUACAAUGGCAAUGGAGGAGUUCCGGUGGGAGGCCCUUUCCCACCCAACCAUCCGAUGGGACGUUCGUUCGCACAGGAAAACGGUCCCGGAGGUGGUUUCGGACGGUUUCCAAUGGGUCCUCCGCAUGGGAUGCCACCCCAGCAGCACGUCAGUUCCUCCACGCAUCCUCAGAAUAUGGAUUUACGUAACCUCUUGAGUCAUCAAAAACCGAGUGGACCCAACCGUGGUUCGCCCAACAAUGCUCCGACUUCGGCUGGCAAUGCUAAUGUUGGUAAUCAAUUUAACACAGCUAACUUCAUGGGUAGCGUUCCGCCCGGUUCAGCAGGUCCCCAGCACCGGAUGGCCGCCCAGAUGGGCGGUGCCCCUCCCGGUUAUCUAGCGGCCGCAGGCCACCAAAACUUCAAUCAAGGACAACCCGGUGGCCCCAACAGCAACGGCAUGGGCAUGGGUGGCAACAAUCCACGGUUCCAGAACUUCCAAAGAUUUACCAUGCCUCCAGCCGCCAUGCGGCACAUGAUGGGAAAUAAUACCUCUACUCUCCUCACACCAAAGCAGCAAGCGGCAAUGCGGUAUCCCGGCCAGCAGACUCCACCCGGGUACAACCCAAACUCUCCGCAACCCGGCCAAAUGCAACCGCAGCAUCCGAGUGGGAGCGCCGCCGGAGGCGGUGGCGGAGGGGGAGGCGCCAAGUGGCACAUCCCCCAGAACAUGCAGGGACAGCAGAAUAACGGAUUCGGUGGCCCUUCUGGACUGCACCUUUUUGGGAACGGACCCAAUGAGUCGUUCAAAAUACCCUUGAAAUCCCCCGACACAAUGCGGAAUUCUCUCAUGAUGAACGGCGGCAAUGUAGGCCCGGGAGGCCCCGGAGGUCCCAAUCAGAUGGCGCACCUCCAUCAGCAACAACAACAACAUCAACAGCAACAGCAACAACUCCAGCAACAGCAGCAACAAGCAAACCAUCACCUCCAGCAGCUGCAGAAUGCGCUUCCAAAUGUUAGUUCCACCAAUCCUAAGACCCCCUCGCCCAGUACGAAUGAGCCCGGAAAAGACUUUGCCGAAUCGAUCGACAAAACGUGCGAGGAUUCGGUCAACGACCUGAUGGCGACCAUCGCCAAGCUGGACUCGAACGGUGUCCAGGUCCUGCCGGAGGGUCACCGGGGUAAAACCACCUCGCCGCAGGUGCACAGUUCGACGGAUCUCAACAACAGCGGCAUGGUGGCCGGUGCCGGCGCCAGCGUCCUGGUGGACGACAAAAGCCUCCCCAAGGAGCUGGACCCAAACGAAGACUGGUGUGCGGUGUGUAUGGACGGCGGUGAGCUGAUGUGCUGUGAUAAGUGUCCCAAAGUGUUCCACCAGACGUGUCACAUACCGGUGAUCGACAGUCUGCCGGACGAGAGCGAAACCUGGCAGUGUUUGCUGUGCUACAACUUUGCCGAUCUGCCACCAGAACCGAUGGGUGAAAAGCGAAACAUAGGAAUCACCCCACUAGAACUGAAAAUCCUUCAAAGGAUUAUACUGGAGCUUUUCUGUCAGUAUGAAACGAGCAUGCCGUUCCGACAUCUGGAGCCGGAAAUCAACAAAGCGUACUAUGACAUUGUGUGCAACCCUAUUUCACUAACGAUGAUUCGGGACAAACUGGAGAUGAGCAAAUCUGACCACUACACCGAUAUUGCAUCAUUCAUUGCCGACAUCAGGCGAUUAUUCAACAACGUGUAUCUGUUCUAUCAGGAGGACAGCAUCACCUACAAGAACGCCCACAAGCUGGAAAAGUUCUUCGAGCAGCAACUGGCCAAGUGGUUGCCGAAGUACCUGGAGACUGAGACCUUCGUCGACGACUACCAUCUACAGAACCCGGCCAAGCGCAUCAAGAUCAUGCAAGAAGAUUAACAGUCGCUGCCGGGCGGUGGCAGCACCAUUGGGACGCAUGCGCCGCAUCACCAACAACAACAACAACCUCCUCAACAAUUACCACCAGCAACAGCAGCAGCGGCAGCUGCGCCACAACAACCGCAGCAAAGCAACCAGCGGCAGCAUUUUUUUCAGCACCAACAGCAAGACAUGCACCUCCAGCAACAGAAAUUUCAAUCCCCUGGAUCCAGCGAUGGAUCCAGGGUCACCGACGGUACAACCAACAGCUGCAGCAGUAUUACCGCUGCAGCAACAGCAACAACCGCAAUCGCAGCAACAGUGGGAGCAGCACCAGCAGCAGCAACAUCAACGGCGGACACCGGAGGAAGUGCAGAGGACGGUCGAGCCCUGCAGCAGCAAGACGGGAGGCCUCGUUCAAGGGAGAACCAAACGGGUGCGCAAAAUGCGCAUGGAGGUGGACUGGACGCUGUUGCUGCUGCCACCGUCGCCGAAGGAUCGACGCCGCAAGAAGCGGAAACCGGGGCCUAAAAAGGGUAAGCUGGGUUUGGAUAAGAAGUUAAAAAGGAAAAAGAAGAAGAAGGUGGAAGUACCGUCACCUCAGGAAGGGACGUCUAAGGAAGUGAAGAGGAAAAGGCGAAUGAAGAAGCAGAAGAAGCUUCUUCAACAGAAACAACAGGAGAAAAAGUAAGCCUAAUUAAUGUGUACAAUAGUGCUGGAAUGUAGAUCGAAUGGACUUUUAUGUAUUUGUAUGGGGUUUACCUUGCUUGGCAUAACGUCGUUUGACAGAAUAAGUAUAGGGUAGUUUGACAUAACGGUUGUUUGGUUUAAUAGUCUGAUCAACUGAUAAGUUACGGUUUUAAUGUUUACAGAAAUGUGAACUUGUUCCACGAACGUUGAAAUUCCAAUUCGACUCAAUAAACAAGAUUUUCUUGUUUUCCGUGUAUAUAUUAGCAUUCUGAGAAAUGCUAUUCUACUUAGUGUUAUCCAAAAUCAACCGUUAGCCCUGCCAAGUGGCAUUAUGCCAAAUGGGACAGACCCUUUUGUGUGUUUGUCUUUCGAAAUAGUAUCGGCAUGUGAAUCAAAAGAGAAUAAUACUUCAUUUCCGUACCUUAUUGGAAACUUUCAUAAACAGACAGCAGAAGGAAUGCAACAAAACUGUAAAUAUUAGUUUCAUAAGACUCUAUUUGGAUAAUUGUAACAAUACACGGUAACGAUACUCUACUAAGAGAUGGAAAUAUUCAACACAUUAUAUGGAAAGAAAAAACGCAAUCUCAAUCGAUCAAAGCUACUGUGAAAGUAAAAGAUCAAAUCUGGGCUGUUUCGCUGUUAUUUAGUUGAUUCGGACGAACUAAAUUUGAAAAGGAGUUCAUAAAUAUCGCUGCUGGUGAAUUUUGCGAUGAUUAAUAGAACUGCCGCCAAGUGUAGGGUGGCUUUAUUGAUUAAUUUUAAUUCUCAUUUACAAACACUACUCUAUUAUUUAUUAUGUCACUCAUACACACAUACAUUUACUAGGUUAUCACUUAUGGAAAGUAUAUAAAGUGUGUUGCGUAUACUUAUGGACAAAUUGUUGCGAAUAUUUAAGUUAUCGGUGGAUAAUUAAUAGCCAAACCUAGAUCCGUGGACAGUCAAUAGAAGCAGAAACUCUUAGUAGAGCGUAGAUUAUUCCGUUCAAAAAUUUCAAAUAAUUCGGAUUUUUUUUCAAUCAUCCUCCGAACAACAAUCUUUUUAUAUGUCUCAAAUGUUAAAAAAAAAAGUCUUUAAACACUUUUGGUGGGAGGAUGCUGAUUGACAGAAUGAUUAACGAUACAAACUUGUGCAAGUUGAGCAUGAAUGCUACAAUUUUAUAAUCAGAUAACCUUCAGCAUAGAGCAAAGACUACCGAAUACAGAAUUAAGUUUUGCCCUCAAAUUUUCCUCUAAAACUUGUAAAAAUUGGAACCGAUUGACUCCCCCGUCGUAAGCCUAGUGAGUAUAUAGAUACAUACAAUAGUUUUCGCGUAGAGAUUGAUCACAAACUCUCUUUGUCUUCUAUCAGUAAAGUUAUCUACCUACACACAUAGUUUUAGGGAAGCGAGCUUUCUUACGCAGCAGAGUAUAGUGAACCAGUACGAUUUUAUUUUAUUUUCCCGUAUACGAACAGACACAGAGUAAGAGUAUGAAACUGUGUGUAGAAACCGUAAGCAGUAGAUGGAGACAGUCUGAGAAUAGCGCCAAGAGCCUCGCGUACUAGGUUCUUUUGUCGUCUCACUUUUUCCGGUAUUUCUCCAGAAACCCCACCCCCCAUGACAGCAGAACAAGCAUCAGAACUGCUUCAAACCUGCUCAGUAUUCGCACUGAGCCGUAGUGAACUUAUUUGGAGAAAAUUGUAGAAAGAUAAAAGAAACGGAUAACACUCACACAGAGAUAGAAAGAGAGAGCAAGCAGAACAACACAUGAAGUGGAGAACUAAGUAAAAAUGAAACACGUAAAACUGAACUCAAAUUGUAAA